AUGGCUGUUGCUGAGAAAUUUAUUGGCACUUGGACGUUUGUUGAAUCAGAAAAUUUUGAUGCAUACAUGAAGCAAAUUGGUGUUGGAUUAAUAAUGCGAACUGUAGCAAAAAAUCUGAAACCAACAUUGACUUUUUCCGUGGAUGGUAAGAAAUGGAAGAUUGUUAGCGAAUCAACUUUUAAAACACAUGUUUGGGAAUUUGAAUUAGGUGAAGAGUUCGAUGAAACAACAGCUGAUGGACGACAAGUAAAGAGUAAAUUCUUUUUGGAAGGAGACGUACUGGUUCAACUGGAAACUGCCACCAAAACAGGCGAUAAGAGCAGUAGGUUUGAACGUUACAUCGAUGAACAAGGUCGACUAAUUAUUGUUUGUAAUUGUGAAGGUGUAGUUGCAAAGCGUAUAUACAAAAAGGCAGAAUGA